AUGAAGCAUCAGCAAGUUAAUGUGGAUUAUUGGGCAAUGGGGAAAGCUAUGCUGGUGUACGCAGCAAUGACAGCGGUGGGCUGGCUUAUUUUACGUACUUUUAAUACGUUUUUCAUGCUGCCUAGAAGAAUGAGGACACAGCAGGAGAACAUUCAAAAAACGUUGCAAGAGAUGCAGAGGCGAUUCCCGGAUCUAAACAUCACCGAAGAAGACUUGAAAAACGCAGAAAAAGAGUUAGACGAACUAAUCAAAGAUGACGGACAGAAGAAUAAGGCUGAAAGCGACUCGACAGAAGAAAUGCCUGCAAUCGAACAAACAAAGAAGACUAUUUAAAAAUUUAUCGUAACAAUUAAUUUUUAAAAUCAAUAUUCGUUCUCACCUUGUACAAGUAAUCGAUAAGCAAUUACUCAAUACGCGAUGCGUCUUACAUUAAUUACGAUAUUUUUUCUUUAUUA